AUGAUCUAAUAAAAGCUUAUUAAAAUUUUUCGAUACUACCUUAGAAAGAAAAAAAUCUAUGAAGUUCUUUCAAAGAAUACAUUGGCAAUUGGAAGCAAAGAAAGUAAAAAUAACCAAAUAAAAAUUAAAUAAUGUGAAAACUAGACCUAUUAGAAAAAAAGAAAAGUCAGAUAGAAUUGA